CCCCGUGUCCCCUCGAUGCCUCAACCCCAGCACCCCUUCCAUCGCCCCGCAGCUUCGGUCUCGAUGUCUCGGGUCGAAGACGCUCCGCCCAAUCCCCAAUUCCUCUACUCCUUGCCUCCUUCUCUUUCUGUUCCCAGCUUCUCCGGUUAGCUCGUUGAUUCCCAGGAGCUGGUCCGAGCUUGUUGUUAGAUUGGACAGGUCCGUUGCUCGGCAUUGUUGGGGUUUGACCUCUCUGCAUCUUGCUUGCUUCUUGAUUUGGCGCCAAAGGUAUCUACUCUGUGGCUGACAAGAGCUUGUUCGAGCUCUCGCAUUCCGCCGAAAUUUGCGGGGUUUAGGAUGAUGGUUAGGGUUUUCUGUCGAGUUCUUGCUUAGAUAUAGUAAAAUGUGAAUGAGGGGUCGAAGACAUCGGAGCCAAUGAUUACCUAAUUGAUCUGUUUAACUAUGUUCUAAGCCUUUGACUUUGUUGAGCGAGCUUCAAAUUUUGCGGAGAUGCAUCUAGAUCUGACUACAAUAUUGUUCAUAGUGUGAGUUAAAGAUUUGGCGGAGAUAAGUCUGGAUCUGAUUAUAAUAGCAUUGCUUGUUUGAUUAUGUUAGAGGAGAUAUGGAGGAAAUAAAUAACAAAGCGGAUUUACAUGGAAAUGCCUUGCGGCCUCUAGCAAUUCGAACGCCGGGAAGUAUGAAGUCCACUUUGUCGGGGAAAUCUACUCCUAGGAAUUCUGCUCCCUACCGACGGUUGCAUACUAAUAGAACCCCUCGAAAAGAUUCUAAGGCCUAUUCCGGCAAGUUCAAUUACAUCCGAGGCAACAGUGUAGUGCUCUGGCUAUUGCUCAUAACUUUAUGGGCUUAUAUAGGAUUCCAUGUGCAAUCCAAGUGGGCUCACGGUGACCAUCGGAAGGCAGAGCUCACUGGGUAUAAGAGCAAGGCAGGUAGUGCUGACAAAAUGGAGAGCACGGUAACAGCUGAAAAUUUUAACAAUUCUUCUGGUGAGAAUCUUGUUGUAGUAUUGGAAGGAAAGAACUUGACUUCGAAGAAGCUUGGUCAUACUCUGGUCAAGAAAUUGAAAGAGGUUUCAUCAAAGCAAAAUACUACUAAGAAGAGCAAUAGAAGAAUGGUACGUAGACUACGGAAGCUUGGGGGCAAGCUGAAAGGUGCAGUGGCGGAAGAUAGAACUGGUGCGCUGGAGGAAGGUUUGAUACCAAGAAAAAAUACUUCAUAUGGGAUGAUUGUGGGGCCAUUUGGCAAGUCUGAGGAUAGAAUUCUAGGUUGGAGUGCUGAUAAAAGGAGGGGCACUUGUGAUAGGAAAGGGGAAUUUGCCCGCUUUGUUUUGUCACGGUCAUUUGUGUUGAUAUUUCAUGAACUGUCCAUGACGGGAGCCCCACUCUCGAUGAUGGAAUUGGCGACGGAGCUUCUGAGCUGUGGCGGUACCGUCUCUGCUGUUGUGCUAAGCAUGAAAGGUGGGCUAAUUACCGAGCUUGACAGAAGAGGGAUUAGAGUACUUAAAGACAGGGCGCAGUUCAGCUUCAGGACUGCCAUGAAAGCAAAUCUUAUUAUAGCUGGAUCAGCUGUCUGUUCAUCCUGGAUAAACCAAUAUCUGGCACAUUUUCCAGCUGGGUCAAGUAAAAUCAUUUGGUGGAUCAUGGAGAAUCGACGAGGAUACUUUGACCGGUCAAAGGAUAUGCUUAGCAGAGUGAAGAUGCUGGCUUUCUUGUCUGAGUCACAAUCAAAACAGUGGUUAACUUGGUGUGAAGAAGAACACAUUCAUCUAACUACGCAACCUAUGAUAGUUCCUCUUUCUCUAAAUGAUGAACUGGCCUUUGUCGCUGGCAUUCCAUGUUCCCUGAAUACUCCAGCAUUCAGCGUGGAAAGCAUGCUAGAGAAGAGGAAUACAUUAAGAGCUGCUGUUAGGAAAGAGAUGGGCUUGGGAGACAACGAUAUGCUUGUGAUGUCCUUGAGCAGUAUAAACCCCACAAAAGGUCAGCGAUUAUUUCUUGAAUCAGCUCUUUUGGUGGCUGAACAUAAUGUUUCCCUGGAAGUGUUUGAGAAAAACAGGUCAUUUGCUGAGAAUUUUCCAGUAGUUACUCAUCAGAACAAGACAAUCAUAACUGUUGAGCUUAAUUCUAGCAGUAUCUCACAGUCAAUCAAGCAGGAUAAUGUCCAGCAGGGUAACACUACCAGUGCAGCAUCUAAGAAGAGGAGGAGGAAACGCACAAAAUUAGCAAAUAUACUUUCCUUGGGUAAUCACACUUCUAACAGUCUGACAAGAGGAGAUCAACGAAAACUAAGGAAUUUGCUGUCUGAUAGUAAGGGCCAAGAAGAGCAGCACCUUAAAGUUCUGAUAGGUUCACUUGGAUCCAAGAGCAACAAAGUGCUUUACGUAAAAUCGAUGCUGAGACUUCUAUCUCAACAUUCAAACCUAUCAAAACUAGUGUUGUGGACACCAGCAACUACACGGGUUCCCUCACUUUAUGCUGCAGCAGAUGUUUAUGUAAUAAAUGCCCAGGGACUUGGAGAAACAUUUGGGAGGGUUACAAUUGAAGCUAUGGCUUUUGGCCUGCCGGUUCUUGGAACAGAUGCAGGGGGCACUCGGGAGAUUGUCGAGCACAAAGUGACCGGCCUUCUGCAUCCAGUUGGGCAGCAAGGAAUACAAGUCCUGGGCCAGAAUAUUCAGUAUCUGCUGAGCAAUCCAUCAGCGAGGAACAAAAUGGGAAUGCUGGGAAGGAGGCAGGUGCAAGAGAAGUACUUGAAGAAUCAUAUGUACAACAGAUUUGCAAAGGUCCUCGCCAAGUGCAUGAAGAUCAAAUAACAAGAUUUAUUGGCUUUCACCGUACUGCAUUUUAGAUCGGAUGUGAGUUGCCACUGCACCUUGCGACUGGUGAGCCUGUUCAAACCUGUUGAAAAUUUUCCAUUAAUCUCUUAUUUAUUUUCCGUUUCCAUCUGAUCCACAGAGGAAAUUAAUCCUUGAUUCUGAGCUCACUUCAUCUUAACAAUACUGUGCGUCGAUUGGAUGCAUUAAAUAUAUAAAUUGAGUUAUUACCAGAA